CCCACCCACAUACACACACAUGUAAACACACACUCUGAACUCUCCACAGGAAGAAACCCUGAGCCAUAACGCAGAGGCACCUCGGAGCAGACUGACGCGUUGUGCAAACCAAGUGGGAUACUCCUCGACUUUGAUAGGCCGUUAAUUACUCAUGUGAUGUGAUACAGAUGUCUGGGGGCUUCAGCCGAAAGUUCGUCUGACGGUUUCCAAAGGGGGGAAGGCAGGCAUUUUAAAAGCGGUAGGUGAAAAACCAAAAAGCUGUGUAUAUCGGAUCUUUUCUCCUUAUCUGUGAAUCAAAGUGUGGACUGUGUUCUAUAAUGGGCUCCCCAGUCCGACAUGUGUUGGUGCUAAUACUCUGCAUGGCAGCCAGAGCGAUGUGUGAGACCAACACUUCCGUGGACUCCCUCUCCGGCCUCCUCCACCACUCCAGCCUCCAUCCCCUGGGCUUCCACAGCACCAGUAGCCCCUUUCUGGAGCCCAUCCCCACCAGCCUCCAUCAGGAACCACUGGAGGACAAAUCCAGACCCCCAGCCUCUAGACUGCAUGUGAACUCCACAAUUAAGAGACCGCCUCGUUGCCAUAAAGCAACCUCCAUCAAGGACUACUUCAAGUACAUAAACACUGUCAUUUCCAUCAUUGUGUUUGUGGUGGGCAUCGUGGGCAAUGCCACCCUCCUAAGGAUUAUAUACCAGAAUAAGUGCAUGAGAAAUGGACCCAAUGCCCUCAUCGCCAGCCUGGCACUGGGGGACCUAAUCUACAUCACUAUCGACAUACCCAUCAAUGUGUACAAGCUACUGGUUUCACGAUUUCCCUUUGAUGACAGUGACUUUGGGGUGUGCCUGUGCAAGCUGGUGCCCUUUCUGCAGAAGGCCUCCGUAGGCAUUACAGUCCUCAACCUCUGUGCCCUCAGCGUGGACAGGUAUCGGGCGGUGGCAUCGUGGAGCAGGGUUCAGGGCGUAGGCGUUCCUCUACUGACCGCCAUUGAGAUAAUUUCCAUCUGGGUGCUGUCACUCAUCCUGGCUGUGCCUGAGGCCAUUGGCUUCAACAUGGUCGACUUCGACUUCAACAACAUGACCAUACGCACCUGCAUGAUCAAACCCGAGUCGGCGUUCAUUAGGUUCUAUACGGAAAUAAAGGACUGGUGGCUGUUUGGGUUUUACUUCUGCGUUCCGCUGACCUGCACCGCAGUGUUUUACACACUCAUGACGUGCGAGAUGCUGAACCGUAGGAAAGGCAGUCUGCGUAUUGCUCUCAGCGAGCACCUCAAACAGAGACGUGAAGUGGCCAAGGCAGUCUUCUGUCUAGUCCUGAUCUUCGCACUAUGCUGGUUCCCACUACAUCUUAGCAGGAUUCUCAAAAAAAUGGUCUACCAACAGAAUGACAUAGACCGGUGUGAACUGCUCAAUUUCUUGCUGGUCCUGGAUUACCUCAGCAUCAACCUUGCCACGGUCAACUCCUGUAUAAACCCCAUCAUCCUCUACUUUGUCAGCAAAAAGUUCAAGAACUGCUUCAAGUCCUGCUUGUGUUGCUGGUGUCACUCGGAGAACCAGGUCACCAGCACAGGACACAUGAAUGGAACCAGCAUCCAGUGUAAGAGCCCAGAGCCCAACAACCUCCACACUGACCGCAGCCUUCGAAAAGACAGCGACUAACAUGGCAUCAGAUCUCCACAUGGACAGUGGUCCUACAACUGACCCCUGAGGCAUUCCAAAUUUAACAAGGUCAGAAGAGUCACGCCAGAGGCACUCCACAUAUACAGGGGGUCCAAGAUGCCAUCCAAGGGACAUUCCAUGCCGAUCAACAGUCAGUUGAAAGACAGUCUGUGUCACAAACUCUGCAGGACCCAAUUUUAAUAUCCAUAUGUUUCAUGCUCUUUCAAACAUCAAGAGUAAGUGGAUGAGUAUAUAGUCUGAGUGAAGAUAUAAUGUAUUCUACAACAUUACUGUUUGCAAGUGUCCUACACUUUCCAUACUAGCUGUUCCUGUUCCCAUGGACAAGGGGAGCAAAGCUUGACUUUAAGAAUAAAGGAAAGGCGGGGGGACAUGAAGAGGGGAGGGAGGGUAAAGAGGGAGUUCUAAAAGGAUGCAGCUGAGCGUAGGCUAUAAAUGACCCCCAAUCAGUAGCCAGGCGUGUUGUUCGCAUAAAGGGCAGCACUGCUGGGACAGGCACAGGAAGGAAGGGCACAGUGGUCGCUGUCAGAGGGGAUGAUGGGAGAAGUGUGUCUCUGUGUGCGUGUGUAUCCAUGCGAUCAUACAUGUGUGCAAGUUUGUGUAGGUGCGUGUGUGUGUGUGAACAUGUAUGUGUGCGUGUUUGUCGUUCCCAAGAGUCAAGCUGUGGCGCUCAAAGAUGUUACAGAGCUCACGUUAUAUUGUACUUUACUAAUGUACUUGCUUGCUGUGGUUUAUUACCUUCUCAUUGAGCUAGUCUCAAGAUAUCGAUCUCUGUGGUAUAGCUUUUAACAGUACAUAACCAAAGAUAAUUUUCAUAAAUUGUGAAUCUUGCUGUGUUGUAAUAUUCUAUAAUUUUUGGUUUAAAUGUUUGUAUUAUUGGUUUGUUGUCCAGUUUUGGAUUGGAUGAAAGGAACAAUAUUUUUUAAGAACGAAAAGGUGCCACAAAUUUCACCUUGAAUAUCCCUGAAUAGCCUUAAACAGACCAACUUUCACAGUGUUUUCACUGUUGAGCCAGUAAAGUUAACCACUGUUCUCUUGGCCUUCCACCCAAAGGGUAAUGAUAACAAGCUAGCUCUCAGAACAUGUCCAGAUGCAAGAAACAUAAAACCGCAAAGUCAAAAGUUAUAAUUAACUUUGAGUACACCAUAAGGGCUAGUUGUAAAGGUCUCUUAUACUUACCCCCCAAAAAAGGUUAUACCAUUUUUAUUCCUGCUAGACUGUGAAGUUUGCAAGAAACUGUCAGCUUUAAGAGCCAAGUAGUUUGAAAUAUUCAUCUGUAAUCCUCUAUAUUCUAUAUGGAAAAUAUUAUAUUGUUUACUUUUUUAAACUUUUUGUUUAUUGAACUCUGAAUGUAGUUAUUAUUUGUCUGAUACCUGAGGCAGUUAGUCUUUGAGCGAUAUACUGAGAGCAUACCAGUUAAACAUCAUAUCAUAGUUCAAAUCAUAUCAGCUUACUAAAGAUAUGCUGCAAUGACAAGUAAAUUAACCUGUGUAUGUAAAGAAUGAAUGUACAGUUUGUGUCUCUGUGCAGGUGUGCGAGUGCGUGGCAGGGUUUGUAUGUUUAUUUCCAAGUGCACAGAUGUGCAUGUGCUUGUCAGUGAUUGUGUUUAAUUUGAUUUCUUGCACUUUUUCAGUUGGCGUGUUGAGCACUAUAUGGAGCAGAACAGACAUCAGCUUUGAAUCGUUUACAAUAACAGUCAUUUCAAUAACAUGGUAUUUUUAUUUUUUUACAAUUAUGAGGAUUUAGAUUCUUCCAUAGAAAAUUGUAUUGUUUCAUUUUUUUUAUCAACAAAAAUGUGUAUCACUUAAAAUGUUGCUCCUUACUCCAAUAAAAACAUAUUUGUGUACGUA